AUGAUUUGUGACCUUCCGAAACAUGAACAAGACUCUUUAAAGGAAGCGACGGUGGAUGAUGCCGUGGUGGUGGUGGGUGGCCGCCGUGAGGUGGGUUACGGAGGCUGUGACGGAGGAAGCAAUUGGCGACUCUAUCUCCUUUGGAAGGAGUUUGAUGUUGUGUCACUUUUCUUCUGCAACAACAAAUUGGAGAGCCACAUUUCUUAUGGACAAGCUCAAGAAUCAUUAGAAAAUAAAGGUGGAAGAACAGAAGAGCAAGUUGAGCUCUUGAAGCUACAACUUUGGAUGAUAUAUCAAGAAGAAGCAUUCAAUGGAAAACCAGCAAAAAUUGCGAGAUCUCAUGGCCGGAAAUUUCAGGUCACGGUCGAGAAGGAAACCUCUAGGAUGUUGCUGAAGCCGUGUAUCGGAAACACAAGUGAUAGAGCCAGAUGCAAACAAGGCUUAUUCAAGUAUAUUCAGAACCAGAGUCUUCUUAAAGUGGAUGAGUCAGACGAUGAACCACUUGACACAAAACAAAUCAGCUCUUUGAACCUCUUUCAACAAGAUUUCGAUGUGGAAGGACUUUUAAUCAUUUUCACAAUCGAGAAGAAACCACUAGGAUCUUGAAUUUUGGAUGGGCUUAUAUGCAACUAAGGGACUAUACAGCAGCUAAAGACGAAGUCUUACUAAAGUUGCUACAAGGAAAUGGAAUAACCUUUUCAAAGCAAAGAUCAAGGAACGUAAGGAGAAAAUAUAUGUAGCUGGUUCUAACAUAAGGAGAUCGCAACAUUCAAAUGAUAUUUCAUUAAAAGUGGAAAGUCUUUGGAUGGGGACGAGGACAAUGAUGGGGACUAUAUGAAUGCGGUGUCGCAUGGCCAUAGCAAGGCUUCCUCGAUUUUUAAAUCUAAGAAAUCUAAGGCAUCUCUUUGAGAUCCAAGUUUAUUAAAACCAGAGUCUUCUUGAAGUGGAUUACUAAGAUGAUUAAGCGCUGACUUAAUGGAUUAAUACAAAACAAGAUUAGCUCUUUGAACAAGUGAGGUUUGCAAUUGAGUUAGAUGAUGUGGAAGGACUUCUAAUCAUCCGUGAAGGAAAUAUCUAAUGCAGACUUGGAUGCCAGGAACAACAAAGCCAGUCGUUUCUCUGUAAAUUAAUGGAGAAGGAA